AUGGCAUGGCAAGGACAACGUUCGGGAUGUCGGCUUCCUUCUCGCCUGUCAUCGGGUGCACCUAGCGCGGAGCUCGGGCAGUCGUCGGAGGCGCUGGCGGUUGAAGCGCUUGCACGAGCACCGAAGCGGACGGCGGUUGCUGCUGCUGCUGGAAGCACCGGCGCUGCUGUCGCAAGAGCUAGUCCAGUGGAGAAGCAGAGCGGGGGAGGAAAGUGGACAGAGGCGAUAGAGCAGCUGGAAAAGGAAAGGGGCGGAGGACUGACACCGAGCUUGGGUGCGUUUGAGAGAGCGAUACAGGCCUUGGGAGCAGGUAGAAACUGGGCGGAGGCCGUGGGGUUGAUGAGCGAAGUCGAGGAGGCAGGAAUGGUACCGGAUGAGGAUACCUACAGCGGAGUGAUCAGAGACUGCUGCAAGAGUGGGCGGAUAGAGGAGGCAACACGCAUGCUGGAUGCCAUGAUUUCCAAGGGCUACAAACCUCCCCAGGAGGUGGUCAACACCGUGCUGGACACGUGCACCACACGCAAAAACACACGGAAAGUGACGAAGGUGUUGCUAGCGAUGAGAGCCCAAGGGCUGGACGCCGAUGACGCCACGUACCGGAAAGCGAUGAAGGCGUGCGCAAUGGCCAACGAUCCGACGCAGGUUGUCGGUGUGUGGGAACUAUUCGUCGGGAAGGGGAGAGUAGUGACAGACGUUGCUGCCGCAGAGGUCAGCAGGGUCGCGAGGGCCAUGGGUGCGCUAGGGGACUGGCAGGGUAUCAUUGGUCUCCUGGGAACCAGGUCUACGGCCGGUGGAGGGCCCCUUCCUGAUCUGGACCGACUCAGGGCGAUGGUGCACCCGGCCUUCGCCAUCUACAAUUGGCUGGUGUCGGCCCACGCCCAGCUAGGAGACGCGAAAGCUGUGCUGACUACCAUCGGGAACAUGGGUCGGAAUGGGCACCCUGCAGAUGCCGACACUUACUCCCUGGCGUUCAAGGCCUUCGUCAAGAGCGGAGGGCGGCACUGGGGUGGAGCGUUAGACGUCUUCCGGACGAUGCAGUCUUCGUCGGGAGUGACGACGCCAAGGGGGGGGGAUGGUUCCGUUAUGGAGGUGGAAGGAGUAGGCGUGGCUGAGGUAGAAGCUUCGGCUGGAGUCUCGAGCGAGUUUUUGAGCACCGAUGUUUGGUGCAAAACCAUCACCACGGUUGCGCAGGGAUCUCCACCGAGGAAGACGUUGUCGGCGGCACUAUCCUUGAUGGAAGAGGCACAGCAGGCGGGAGUAGAGGUGGAUGCAGCCACAACGGAUGCUAUCCUCACGGCCCUGGGAAAGGCUAAGGGGAAAGACGAGCAGCUGCUGGCGCUCUUCCGGCAGGCGGAAGAGAGAGGGUUGAGGCUUAAGCGCCAAAGCUACGCCUGGGCGGUUGUGGCGUACAAGAGGUGCGGCAAGGCCAAGGAGGCUCUCGACUCCGCCUUGUCUUUUUCGGAGCGAGGGAUCGUGAUGACUGUCGUCGGGUGGAAUGCAGCCAUGCACGCCGCGAGCGUCACUGGGGAGCCGGGCAAGGCGCUCGAGCUUCUGGAGGAGGCCAAGUCCAAGGGUGUUAAGCCGACGGAAGUGACGUACGCGACGGCCAUCGGUGCCUGUGCUAAGGCCACCACGAAUGUCAAGGCCAAUGCUCGAAAGGCCGUUUUAUUGUUGGAAGAAAUGGAAGCGGCGGGAUUAGAACCAUACCCUCCGGCGCACCAGGCGGCGCUCACCGCGCUGGCGGCAUCGGAAGGGCACAGGGCUGCCAUGGACCUCCUCGCCAAGAUGCGGGCAAAUGGGACACGCUUGACGUCAGCGAGCUACAGCCCUGUCCUGAAAUCAGCAGCCCAGGUCGGAGAUUGGCGGAACGCGAUCGCCCUAAUAGACGUCAUGACCAGGGCCAGCGUCACCGACAAGGACGCCGGGCCCGACGUGGUCUGCUUUAACUACGCCAUGUCUGCCUGCGCGAAGGCGGGAGAGUGCGAGCUUGCUCACAGGGUCAUGAGCCGCAUCCAAGCUUGUGGUCUUGCUGCAAACCUGGUGUCCUACGGGAUUUGCAUGGACGCCUACGCGAAGGCGGGAUUGUGGGAAAAGGCGCUGGAACUCCUGGCGGAGGCCCGAUCGCAAGGCCUCUCCCCGAACAUCGUGACCUUCACCACGGCCGUCGAGGCCUGCGCUAGCGCGGGAAAGUUUGACGUGGUGCUGUCCCUGCUGGAGCAGAUGUCCUCGGAAGGGGUCGACCCGACGGUCGUCACGUUUUCUUCGGCCCUAAAGGCUUGCGACGACUGGGACAAGGCGGAAGAGAUCCUGUCGAUGAUGAAGUCCCGCGCUAUCAAGCCCAACGAGGUUACCUACACCGAGCUCAUCGGCAUUUGCGGCAGGUCGGGAGACGUUCACCAAGCCCUGGCACAGCUGGAAAGAGCUCGUCGCAACGGACUAUCGCCUAACCUCAUCAACUACAACGCCUGCGUAGACGUGUGCGCGAAGACGGGCGAGGUGGACAGAGCCUUGGCUCUGCUGGAACAGAUGCAGACGUCCGGGGACCCUGCACUCACGCCAGACCUCGUAACGUUCAACUCUGUGAUCAACGCCUGCGCCAAGGCGGGGGACUGGGCGCUGACCCUGUGGCUCUUCAGCGAGAUAAAAGCGGCCGGGCUCAAGGCCGACAUCCAGUCCUUCAACGCCGCCUUGGACGCCUGCACGAAGGGCUCCAAUCCCGAGGCCGCCUUGGCUCUGCUGAAGCGAAUGAAAUCGCAGGGCUUAGAGCCGGACGCCAUAUCUUACCAGUCGGCGAUUCUGGCGUGCCGGGCGGGAGGGGACGGCGCGAGCGCCGUGAUGCUCUUGAGAGACAUGGAACAGCAAGGGCUGGAACCGAGGGACGCCGACUACAACCUUGUCAUCGAGACGGUGGGGAGGGAGGGGGACUGGGGGGGCGCGCUGGAACUCCUUGAGAGCAUGAAGGCGAAAGGGAUAGCGGCGGAUUCCUACACGUACGGGGCCGCUGUUGGGGCCUGUGCAAAGGGACGUCACCCUGAUAUGGCCAGAGCGUUGCUGGAGGAGAUGAAGGAGCUGGGGUUGACCCCGACCCGCUUCUGCUGGAACUCUGUCAUCAGCGUGCACGCAAGAACAGGAAACACAAGAGCGGCUAUGACCUUGAUGGACGAGAUGAAGCAAAGCAUGCCAUGCGACGAGACCACCUUCUCCGCCAUGAUGCACGGGUGCGCCCAGACGCGCGACUGGGACGCGGCCGGGCGCCUGCUCGAGGAAAUGAAUGCGGCGGGGCUCAAGCCGAACGACGCCUGCUACUACACGCUGCUCGUCGCCGCUUGCAGGGCCGGAGAGCUCAGGCUGGCCGAGGGGCUGAUCAAGGGCAUGUGCAAGGACGGCACGGCGCCGGACUUGUAUUCGUACACCACCCUCUCGGCGGCCUGCGGGAGGUUUCACGAUUGGCGCAUGGCCCUGAGGCUGAUUGAGUCGAUGAAAAUCGACGGGAUUCCGGCGACGAAGAAGAUCUACGCCGCCGCCCUCGCGGCGUGCGGACGUGGGGAGGCGGAGAUCGCGGAGAUCUUGCUGGAGAUGAUGAGGAGUCAGGGAGUGGAGCUGGACGACGUCGGCCGAUCACACGCUUUGGUGGCGUUCGGGAGGGGGGGCAGACCGGAUAAAGCGCUUGCCCUCAUGGAUAACAUCAGGGAGAAUGGGUCACCGCCAAAUCUGCAAUGCUUCAACGGUGCAAUAGAAGCCUGUGCCCUGGCGGACGAUAUCGAUGGAGGGAUGUCUCUCCUGGCCGAGAUGGGCCGCGCCGGCAUCGUUCCCAACGGUGUCAGCUUCAGGUCGCUCGUGAGUGCCUGCGAGCGCAAGGACAAGCCAGAUCUCAAGAAGGACCUUCGAGAGGCCAUGUCUCGGCUGGGAUUGAAGCCGUGAUGUGUUUGUUGUCCGGGCGUGUGCGUUGUGGCGCCGCCGAAGUAUUGUGGUCGGGCCGUUGAGGGAACGCUGAUAGUCGUGUGUGCGCGAUGGGUGUUCGUUUGGGGUUGCUACAUUCAGCUCCGUGAAGGUUGAAACCGCCGGGUUUUUCGCGAAAAUCAGUUUCCAGGUCGAAGGUCCAGGAGACGACGUCCUUUAGUUCGUGUUGGGGCCUUGCUCAACAUGUGUGAGUUUUGUCGCGUUGAUUCUGGACGUACCAGACGCGGUCACACGGGUGGAAGGAUUGUGGUAUGCAUUGAACGAAAAAAAGUCCUUCCACAGACAACUCCCCAGAGUUUUUGUAGAACCGGAACUCCGGAGUCCCGCCGUAAGGGGGCGACGGGUCAAUUCCGUUGAGAUAUCUGUGGUUUGACUUGAAACGAAAACCAUGGGGCCUGUCCCGCAACCAUCAUCACCCUGAAAAGAAACGUAGCCGUGCCUUUAUUAUUUCGUGCGACCUCUUUUACUUGACUGCUACAGUGCGG